AUGUGGGCGCUGCCUCUUCAGCUGCCCGCAGGCGGCCGCCCUUUGGGCGUUUUCUAUAGAGAGGAAUUCCCCUUAUGGCGGCCGCAGCAGUCAUGGGGUAUACAGCAGCAGCAGCAGCAGCAGCAGCAGCAGCAGGAGCAGCAGAAGCAGAAGCAGCAGCUGCUGCAGGUGCAGCAACAGCAGCAGCAAACGAGCCGCCCGCAGGGGGAGAUGUGCUGCUGCGGGGGCCCAUGGGGGCCUCCAUGGGUACUAAAGGCCGCAGCAGGAGGUGGUGGACUGGCAGAGCAGCAGCAGCAGCAGCAGCAGCAGCAGCAGCACCUACUGCUGCGAGGACCCGAGGGUAAGCAUUUGCAUAACCCUCUAUCUGCUGCUGCUGCUGCUGCUGCUGCUCGUCUUGGCUUCCUUUCUGGGGGCCCCUCCCCUGGUGACCCCUCUCUGUGGGGCCCUCCUGGGGGUCCCCCUGUGUGGGGCCCCCCAGUGGGCCCCCUACGUUCCUUAGAUUUGCCUGGGGCCCUGCAGCACCCACGACUGCAGCAGCCGCUGCAGUGGGCCCCACAGUCGCAGCAGCUAGCAGCAGCGCUGCUGUCUGCUGUAUACAUUGCUGCAACAGAUAAGACGGGGGCCCCUAUAUCCGAGCCAGCACCCUUAUGGCCUGCAGCAGCAGCAGCACAGCAGCAGCAGCAGCAGCUUGUGCAGCAGCAGCAGCACCUUGUUGCUUCUUUAGCAACACAGCCCUCCCAAGACCCGCUCGCAAGCCAACACAUGCAACAGCAGCAGCAGCAGCAGCAACUGCAGCAACUGCAGCAGCUGCAACAGCAGCAGGAAGAGGAUGACAUGUUUCUUAGCUCAGGGGCCCCCUUUAGGUAUAGUGAGGGGGCCCUGGGUACUGGCAUAGAUAUAGGGGUAUCUGAUGGCGCGCUGCUCUCUUCUGCUGCUGCUGCUCCUCCUCCUUCUACUGCAGGAUCUACUGCUGCUGCUGCAGCAGCAGCAGCAGCUGCUGCUGCUGCAGUGUCUCCUCAAGGGAACGAUAUGCAGAUUGUCUCCUGUCUCCAAUUUGCUGCAGCAAAUGAGGCCUUCUUAGCAAUAGGGUUUGCUUCUGGUACCCUCGAGCUCUGGCUGCUGCCCCAUACCUGGGGGGCCCCCCAAUCAGGGGCCCCUGAUGAUGAGGAUGCCGCUGCUGCUGCUUCUGCUGCCUUUUGUGUUGCUGCUGUUGCUGCACAUACACCGGGAGUCUCUCCCUGUGGCAGCGAGCAGCGCAGGACUCUUCUUGACGCCUUGGCAACCCUCCACAGCCAGCAGCAGCAGCAGCAGCAGCAGCAGCAGGAACAGCAGCAGGAGGAGGAGGAUUGCAUGCACUGCUGCUGCUGGGAGGGCCUCAAGGGGGCCCCCGAGGUUGCUGCUGUUGCUUGGCACCCUAAGGAGCUGCUGCUUGCUGCAGCGCAUGCAGAUGGUCGUGUAGAGCUGUGGCAGGUGGAUAUACACCCUACAGCAGCAGCAGCAGCUGCUGCUGCUGCUGCAGCACCGUAUCAUUCUGAAAGCGGAUCAACAACAGCAGCAACAGCAGCAGCAGCAGCUGCUGCUGCUGCUGCAGGGGGAGUAACAAUGCAGCACCUUCAUUCCUUUCUUUUCUGCUGUCCCCUCCCCCUGUCUCCUCCUUCCCUAAGUAGUCCCUUCUCGCUGCUGUCUAGGGGGGCCCCCGAGCAGCAAAGGAAAGAAAGUGUCUCCUCUUUGCUGCUGCAGUCCCCUUCUUGUUUAGUGUGGGGCCCCCAAGGAGACAAUCUUGUUGUAGGCAGCAGGGAGGGGGCCCUUUUGCUUUGGUCUCUUGAUACCCUCAGACAAUACCGCCGAGCUGCAGCAGCAGCAGCUGCUGCUGCUCCUCCUUCUCCUCCUCCUACCCCUGCAGCAGCAGCGCCUGCAGCAGAAGCAGCAGAAGCAGCAGGAGAAGCAGCAGCAGAAGCAGCAGCAGCUCGAGGGCAGGGAUCCUGUGAGGGAUUCAGGAGGGCCUCGGACCCUGGGGCCCCCACGCAUGCAGUAGUAGAUAGAUCCCUUGACUUUGGGGGUCCCCCUUCAGAGUCCCUGGGUAGUAGUACCCUUGGGGGCCCCCCAAGUACGACAGAGGAGGGGGGCCCCCAUCUACGUGCUGCUUCUUAUUUAAAGACUAUUAGCGAAGCAUCUACAUUACCCUCUAAUGCUUCUCCUCCUGAUACUCCUCUAGGUAGAGACGCGGGGGUAGCACAGCAGCAGCAGCAGCAGCAGCAGCAGCAGAAGCAGCAGCAGGAGCAGCAGCAAGAUGUGCAGGAGGAGCUGCAGCUGCUGCAGCAGCAGCAGCAGACGCAUGCUGCUACGUCUUGCAGACAUGACAGCACAGGAGGUGUUAAUUUCGAUCCCGAUCCCCUGGGAUCGGGAUCGAGUCCCAAGGGCCUCCGUGGCGCCUGCAGCAGCAGCAGCAGCAGCAGCAGCAGCAAUAGCAGCACCCAGAAGCUGCUGCAGCCCUUCCUGCCGCAUUUUGCUGGGGCCCCCCAGCUUCACCUGCGUCUUCCCCAAGGCUCAGCCGGUAGCUUCGGGGCCCCCCCAACCAGUACCCAGGGGGGGCCCCCCGCCAGUACCCAGGGGGCCCCCGGGGUACUAGUAUGCGGGUCUUGGCAGUUAGGGGUCCUCUCUGUUGUUGUUGCUGCUCAUGGAGGGAGAGUAAGGUGUCUCUCUUUUUGCAUGCAUGACCAGCGGCUGCUGUUCUCCUCAGGAGACACUGCAGCACCUGCUGCUGCUGCUGCUACUGCAGCAGCAGCUACUGCAGCAGCAGCUACUGCAGCAGCAGCAGCAGGAGGAGGAGGAGGAGGAGGAAGGAGCCGAUUAAAGGCUUGGCUUAUAGAGGGAGGAUCUCUUUAUUUAUCUCCUUUGUUAGAUAUUUAUAUGGAGGGAAUCAUAACAUCUAUGUUAUGGAGUCGUCUUAGUGGGGAGUUGCUGCUGUCGCAUAGUUGGAGGAGACCAUCAAAGGGGGGCCCCCAAGGGUACAAGGGGGCCCCCAACAACAGCAGCUGCAGCAGCAGAUGGGGGGCCCCUUUAAAGACUGGGCGCCUCGGGCAUAACGGGAGAGGAGGAGUAACGGUGUGGCGCUACUUUGGAGACGGCGGCAAGACCGGGCAUUCCUUGCAGCAGCAGCAGCAGCAGCAGCAGCAGCAGCAACAGCAACAGCAGCAGCUGCAGCAGCAGCAGGAGUUUGAUGAAUGGAAGGCUGGCAGCAAGGGUUUGGGGGCCCCAGGGGCCCCCCUCAAUACCCCUUCGCUGCUUCUGCCUCUUUUAGUAAAGGUAGGGGGCUUUGGAGAGAAACCUGUGCGGCGGGACAGCAGCAGCAGCAGCAGCAACAGCAGCAGCAGCAACAAUAUCAACCUCAUCAGCCCGCGAGCAGCAACAGCAGCAGCAGCAGCAACAGAGCAGUUUAUACCUGGGGUGUCUCUGCUGUCACCAUUGUGGCCAUCGGGGGCCCCCCUAGCUGCUUCAUCACCUAGCAGCAGCAGGGGCCCCCUUGCUGCUGCUGAGGGUGCAGGCAUGUGGCUGUCUCCUGCUGCAGCAGCAGAAGCAGAUGGAUCCCCGGAGCCCCACAACUCCUACCAUCCUCAUCCGUACCUCCCGUACCCCCACCAUCACCGUCACCAGCAGCAGCAACAGCAGCAACAGCAGCAGCAGCAGCAGCAGCAUCAGCAGCAGCACGGAGACUUGUACAGCGAAGCAGAUAAUGCUUCUUGUCUCCUACAGAGUAAUGAUGGAUCUGUUGUUGUUUAUUGGUCUCUCCCUGCAGAGGCUAUUAUUGUAUGGCCUCUAUGCAGCAACAAAAAAAAAUACCAAUCCUAA